UCCUGAAAUCAAUUCAAGGUUUGUCUGUCAUUAGAAGAAAAUAUGAUACAUUAAACGUUCGAUUGUUUAUACGCCUUUCGUGAUACGGAAUAUUUUCUUGGUAAAUCGGUGUUCAAGUAUCGCCAGAAAGACGGACUCCAACGAGACCGCGUCCGAGGAAAUCGGAUCGAUACCACAGCCCCAGAUCCGUUACGAAUAUCAGCGGAUCGCAAAGAUGAAUCCGAUGCCAAACCAUCACACCGACUUCAUGGAACUAGGGACAAUCCAUCAGCAUCAGUCGGGCUGCAAACAGCACUGCUUCGUGUUUACCGAGAUCGCGGAUAUCGACCUGCCCCCAGAGAUUACUAAAUAUCCCGAAAAGAUCAAGAACGGUAGUAUUCAUUCCUACAAGAAGGAAAAUAUAUCACCUCCACCUCCGAAGCUUCCAACCAAUAGGCGAUCCCGUAAAAUCAUCGCCAUUGUUUCGGCCCUGCUAGUUUGUAUCGGCCUGGCUGCAGGAAUACCCUUGGCUUUACAACUAAGAUCAUCCUCCCUAUUGGAAGCUCGGUUAGCAUUCAUACGCCGUUUACUUGCCGAAUCUCCCCUUGUGGAAGGUUACUGGGCGCCUCAAUUGGGCGUCAAUUUCAGCAAAAGUUAUGCCGAGGUGAGGAACAGCAUGGUUGGCGCACUGCUGUGGCCAAUAUCCGUACCAUGCGCUGCCCAGUACCUGGAUGCAGUGCAGCUAACUCUCGAAGGAAUCGAUGAUGCUCGACGGAUGGUGAAGAAGAACUCGGAUAUGAUGAUUGUUGAAAACGCUGAUGAGAUGGAGCAGGCCCAUAACGAUGGAAAACUGGCAGUCCUGUUCGGGCUAGAGGGGGGUCAUAUGCUAGGUUCUAGUUUAGCUGUGCUACGAUCGAUGUAUUCCCUUGGCACACGAUUCGUUUCGCUGACCGGUAUUGGAUGUACCACUCCAUGGGCUAGUGCUUCCAUAAGGACGGACUUCUUCGACGAGAAUCUACCGACAACGUUAACUAAUUUCGGCGAGGUCGUUAUCCACGAGAUGAAUCGCCUGGGCAUGUUGGUGGAAAUCUCUCGUCUUUCGGAACCGGCCAUGAUGGUAGCUCUGAAUGUAGCAAAGGCCCCCUUGCUGCUUUCUAAUGCGCUGCCAACAUCAAUGGCUUGCAACGGUUCUACAGCCGCUGUACCAGACCAUAUCUUAAGUGCUGUUUCUCAAAACGGCGGUGUGUUGAUGCUCAACGUGGAACGUUGCGGAGAGAAGGCGAUGCCACUGAAGGAUGCAAUCACUGCAAUCAACUAUGUGCGAGCCAUUGCCGGAGUGGACCACGUCGGGUUGAGUGGAUCGCCUAAAAACUACCCGCUAUUGCUUGCCGAGUUGGCUCGUGAUCGACUGUGGGGCUCGGUGGCGAUUAAGAAACUCGUUGGCGGUAACAUUGUACGCGUUUUGCGUGAGGUGGAAGUUAGCAAAAACCGGCUGCCUCUGUCCGAGGAUUGGAUCCCAUUAGAAGCCAUCGAAGGGAAUGCUUAUUGUCGUUAUCCAGAGACAUAAACUAAAUAAUUGCAACACCUAAAAUUUGUUAGUUGCCGAGCUACUAUCAUCAAAUAUACAAUCAAACAGCAUUAAAACUUCUUCAGCUCCAGCACACAUUUACCACUGAUUGUAGUCUGUGCAUUUAAGUUAAUUUUAUAAUCAAAAUAAUUCGAACUUCGUCGACCAUGAAUACAGAUUCAACAGAAAAUUGGUAAAAUAGAAAAUUUCUUAAUGUUUGAAUGCCCAAAAUUCGAGGUACUUCUAUCGAUGGAUUUAUUAUAAAUAAUUUUCAGUGAGAUUAAUCUAACAUCAGAUAAGAUUUAUUUCAUGGAUGUACCUACUCUUAAUGUGC